AUGAAACUGCAGCUGGUCAAACAUAAGACCGAGGGAGUGCUCAUCACUAGUAGAAAAAAGGUUGAAAGCAUCAGACUGGAAUCACGGCUGAUGCUGAAUGUUGGAGGCCCGAAACAAAUUAGGAGGUCACUGCUGUCGUCAGUAGUCACAUCGGUACUGACUUAUGGAAUUUCUCUUUGGGCUGACGCCCUCAGAAUACGAGGAACACGGAAAAGAGUCGCAGCAGUAUAUAGGCUGAGUGCCCUGAGAGUAGCUAGUGCCUUCCGCACUGUGUCUGAGGAUGCGGUGUGCAUUAUCGCUGGAAUACUUCCUAUUGGAAUUCUAGCCGAAGAAAGGCAAGUCCUUUAUCGACGAAGAGGAUCAUCAGCACUGAGCCCUGAUGCACUCAGAAGAGAAGAGCGGCAGCAUAGUAUACGCCGAUGGUAG